AUGUCUCGUGUAGCUAAGCUUUCCCUUGCAGCCGCUAUUCUGACCACGACCGCCGUUAUAUGGGGAGUACACUUCCAACAAAACAAGGAGCGCGAGACAAUGUAUCAGGGCGUGGUUCGGGACGAAGCACGGAGACGCGAGAAGAUGCGCCAAAGAGAGGAAGAGCUACAAGACUCCCUUCGCAAGCGAGAAAUUUAUGAGCGAGUGCAGAACGUACCAGAUGCGUCUUCUGGGGUCGAUCAUUUGGACAAAGGUGGAUGA